GUCUCUUUAAUACAAGACAAAUUAACGGAUUGUGAAAAUAAUUGGCUGCAUCGCUUUCAUUUUGACAUCGCUGAAACAUUAAUGUUGUCCUUUGUUGCGCUUUAUGCUUGACACGAGGCCAGAGGACCAUGAUGGAAUACUUGAGCGACAAGUUUGCAUUGAAAAGUCAAGCGAUUAAAGGAAGUGAUUUCUACAUGGACCAAGUCAUGGAGACUUUAGACAAUGUGCAGUACUACAACAAGACAUCACCUAAAUGCGUUCAGGCCUUCUCAAUGCAGAACAACGAUCACACCACGAUGGACAGGUCCUCUCCAUGUGACAACCAAAACAACGUGAAUUACUGCGCUCCCAAAACCGAGGACAACAAUCUUCACCCGAUGGAGAACUGCUGCAACAUCAGAGCCUCACCGGCCACAACCGGACCAGAGAAAAAUGAUUUGGACGACAUCGGUGAAAAAUGCGACAGUAACGUGUCGAGCAGCAAAAAGAGACGCCAUCGCACCACCUUUACUAGUGCUCAACUAGAGGAACUCGAGAAAGUCUUCCAGAAAACUCAUUAUCCAGAUGUGUAUGUGAGAGAACAGCUGGCCAUGAGAACAGAACUCACGGAGGCUCGAGUGCAGGUGUGGUUUCAAAACAGAAGAGCUAAGUGGAGGAAAAGAGAAAGAUAUGGACAGAUCCAGCAAGCUAAAAGCCAUUUCGCAGCGACUUAUGAUAUAUCAAUGCUUCCCCGGACAGAUAGCUACUCACAGAUUCCCAACAACUUGUGGACGGGCCCUGCUCCAGGCAGCUCUGUAGUGUCUUCCUGCAUGAUCCCACGAGGGUCCCCUCCCUGUGUGACAUCACCGUACCCCCACUCACCGCUAGCCAGUGAACACGGUUACGUGGGAUUCCCCAAUCACCAGCAAAAUCAGUUUGGAGUUAAUCAUGUAUCUCUCAACAACUUCUUUGCGGAUUCGAUUCUGGCUCCUUCAACAAACAGUCAUGCCACGUUUGAGAGCAAACCUGAGUUUGAACGCCGAUCCUCCAGCAUCGCUGUACUGCGGAUGAAGGCUAAGGAACAUGCAGCCAACAUAUCUUGGGCGAUGUGAGCUCUGAACUUAUUCUAAAAGUGCUGACCUGAAUAGUUGUCUUCCUAAUAACAGCCAUAUAUGUGCACCGGAAUUCCCAAAAAAGACUUUCACUUUUAAGAGAGAAGAUUUAUGGCUGCCCCAGCAACAAACAAAGCAUAUUGAUGGGUUAAAUAAUGAUAGUUUUACUUUUCAUAAGAAAGAUAUCAGCAGUAAUAUAGUUACAAAGGUAUUUGUAGUGCUCAUUAAAUCUGGGAAAGUUUAGAUUUAAAAAACUGUUUUGAUUUGAAAAUGAAUUAAACAGCAAUUUUAUAUUUUUUUCUUAGGGGCUCUUGUUGUGAAUAUGAGGACGAAGACCUCAAUAGUAUUGUGCUCUCAUAACUUACAGAGAUAUUGUGACCGACAUACUAACACUAUGUCUGUGUGCUUUGAAGCAAAGCUGUAUAAUGCUCUUGAGCUGUCGGUAGUCUGCACUAUACCACAUGCGGA